AUAAUCAAUUCUCUCUAAUAAUAAUUCACUCAAAUUUGUGUAUGUUUUUUUAAUUAAGAAAAAAAAAAUGUUGGCAAUAUUCAAAAAUGGUGUUGUUGAUCCACCAAAGGAGUUACAAAGUCCAGCUUCAUUACAAGCAUCAAUUAAAGCUGCAAAUCCUGAAGAAACUAUGAAGAAUUUUUUAUCUGCAAAUCAAAAUAAUGGAUUUUCUAUUGGAUUUAUGAAUAAGGCUUUUUUGGCAUAUUCUAAUCCUUCAACUUCAUACAAUACUUUGUCAAGGUUGUUUUGUGGUGUGAAUGACAUAUAUUGUAUUUUCUUGGGCAAUUUAAGCAACUUGUGUGCUUUAAACAAGCAUUAUGGGCUUUCAAAGUGUGCAAAUGAGGCCAUGCUUGUAAGUGAGGCCUAUCGGACCCUACGUGAUAGAGGCCCAUACCCGGCCCAUCAAGUCCUCAAGGAACUUGAAGGUAGCUUUGGUUUUGUCAUCUAUGAUCACAAGGCUGAUACAGUCUUUGUUGCCCUUGGUGGUGAUGAAAAAGUAAAGCUCUUUUGGGGUAUAGCAUUUGAUGGAUCUGUGAUGAUAUCUGAUAAUGUGGAUCACAUUAAAGCAAGUUGUAUCAAAUCAUUUGCUCCAUUCCCAAGUGGGUGCAUGUACCAUAGUGAAACAGGAUUGAAGAGUUAUGAACAUCCAAGUUACAAGAUGAAAGCAAUGCCAAGAGUUGAUAGUGAAGGUUCAAUGUGUGGAGCUUAUUUCAAGGUUGAUGUUUACUCAAAAGUGAAUAGCAUGCCAAGAGUUGGAAGUUCAGCAAAUUGGGCAACUUGGGGCCAAUAGACGUAGAUUUUGAUCGUUCGAGAUUUUUAGUCUUUUUAUUUGAAAUCGAUAAAAAAAUAAAGAUUUUAUUUAACUAUUGCUUAUGUUUUAUUUUAAAAUUGUAUUUCAGUUAUUUUUAAUCUUCUACGAGGAUCUCAGCUUUGUAAAUUUCUUUUUUCUUUUAUUUAGUAUGUUUCGAGUAGGAAAAACUAAUGUGCAAAUACUUGGCUUUCUUAUAUGGGAUUAUUUGCACUUCUAUUUCUAUGUUGUGUUGUUUAUAAUUUUUUGUCAUUAGUAAUUAAUAACUAUUUCAUUUGA